AUGUUAGUUCUUAAGUGUUGGGUAGAAGGGUGUACAUGGAGAGUAAGAGCUACACCAAUCGGAGAUUCAACGCAGUUUACGAUUCGAGUGUAUAUUCUUGAUCAUUCAUGUUCUUAUACAGAACGUUCUGUCCGUGCCCGACAAGCGACUCCAGAAAUACUUGCAAGACUAUAUGUGGACUAUGUUGGAGGUGUUGAUUCAAAAGUUCUCCCAAAACACGUUGGGGAAGCCUUAAACAAGAGAUUUAGUAUCAAGAUUAUUCACACCUAG